UGUCAGUCGUGAAUGGGCGGAGGAAGGAUUAGAAUCCUAUAAAAAGAGAAAGCAUCCGAGAUCAUAAAACACCCGACUGCGGGAAUUAAGGGGUUCACUCUCAGCCGGACAGACAAACCUCUGGUCAAGUUUCUCUCUGACAUUGAGAGCAUCCGCAUUUUUUUUUUUUUUUAGCAAAUUCUCUUCUCCGUUGUUUCGCUUCCACGCUGGGCUCUGUGUGUUUUUUCUUCUUCUUCUUCUUCUUCUUCUUCUGUGUCGAUGGUACAUCCGAAUUUCUUGUUGAAGGAUGCUCGUCUUAACUUGGGAUAGGUGCUGCGCUUUGAUGGUUCUCGUCGCCACACUGAGGACGGGAACGACCCUGCUGUCGGAGGCGCACCCGAAGGCAAAUUUAAUCAAGCCAGCCCUGUCGGGAGGGACACCGACACCGGCCACCAACCUCUCCGACGCCGUCCACCUAGGGAUCACCAAGAAACAUUACACGCUUGCGCAGCAGGUGUACCCAUGCAGCAAUGACAAGGAGUGCAGCGUGGGAAGCUACUGCCACAGCCCUCAACAGGCUCCCUCACGUUGCCUCAGUUGCCGCAGGAGGAAGAAGCGCUGCCAUCGAGAUGCCAUGUGCUGUCCCGGGAACCGAUGCAGUAACUACAUGUGUGUCCCCAUCUCUGAGAGUGUGCUCUCACCUCACAUCCCAGCUUUAGACGAGCACAACAAGCUCUCCAACAAAGACCACGGCUGGAGGAAGAGCGGGAAGGGACAUGCUAAGCAUUCUCUCAAAGGGCACGAGGGCGACCCUUGCCUCCGCUCAUCCGAUUGCUCCGAGGGCUACUGCUGCGCCCGCCACUUCUGGACCAAAAUCUGCAAGCCGGUGCUGAGACAGGGCGAGGUGUGCACCAAGCAGAGGAAGAAAGGCUCGCACGGCCUGGAAAUCUUCCAGCGCUGCGACUGUGCCAAGGGCCUCUCCUGCAAGGUGUGGAAAGACGCCACCUCCUCGUCCAAGUCCAGGCUCCACAUGUGCCAGAAGAUCUGAAGCAGCCGGGUGGGGGGGAGCCGCUCUCGGCGUAGGGGGCCUCUGUCUCCAUCUGACGCGGAGGUUUUAAGGGACGGGUUGUGGCUCCGUUGGAAGGGGAGUAAAAGACAGAGACUGACGAGAGAAAGAACAGACUGUGUGAGUUCAAGCUCGCUAUUCGGAGUGCGAGUGGGAUGGUUUGUAAUGCGUUUGCUGUGAGGGGUCAAUCCCUGCACCCACACACAAACAUGCUCCCUCACGCACACACAUGCACGCACGCGUCAUAGGUUUGUUAACGAGCUCACAGAUCUUUUUAGCCACUCUUGUGACAUUCAGGGAGCCACUUGUUAGCCAGUAUAUGCUGUGAUAGGUGUAACAGACGUAGCACUCUUUUAUCAUAAACUCAACUUAUACUAUUUAUAGACGAGCCAUAUUUUUACUGCAUGGCACAUUCUUUACAUAACCCCAAAGUCAAAGAUCCGAGGUGGGUUUUUCAUUACUUGAUCUGAUCUGCCGUAUUCUUAGAUUUCAAUAUCUCCAUCUGCUUAAAUUGUUGGUUUUAAGUAUUGACAAAUUCAGCAAUGCAAGACAUUUGCAAGCUGUAACAACGGCCAAUCGUACGAGGAACGUAUUCCAUCCAACGUUCACUCCGGAGCUCGACUUGUGUAACGGCAUCCUGAGACUUCAGUGCACGCACAAUACUCUUAAAACCAAAGAACGAAAGAAUAUUCCCAUCAGAGUGAUGAGUUUCAUCUGGGACAUUAGCUCGCCGGCAUUUUUCUCCCACGAGAAGAGAGAUAAAGUAUUAUGUCCGCUGUGGAAACCUUGUUUGAUCUGAUCUGAUACAGCUGCAAUCUAUUGUGAAACAGCCGGGUGGGUUGAGGCAGUUUGCACUGAGGUGGUGCUCCGCUUCAGACUCUGCGGUUGCGAUACCAGAGCCGAGAAUGGUUCUGCUUUUCCCAAUCACAUGAACAGGACUCAAGGAUACCGCGGAGGGGUAAUUUCCCUUUGUUUACAAAGCCAGUAGGAAUGGAGACGUGAGAAAAACAUGCUUCAUGAACUGAACGUUUUCAAAGAGAAUUUCAGUUUGAAUCAACUUCAUGUUGAUAACAAUCAGCCCUGUUUAUUUUUUUUUGUUUUUCAAAUGCGACUGCAUACUUUCUAGUGACGAAACACUUGGCAGUUUUGUGAUACUGGAGGUGAACCAAUGCUUAUCUCCCUCGGUACAACUUAAACAUCCCCUUGUUGCGUACAUAUCCAAUAUGAUAUCACAUUUGCCUCUUUUUGCUUUACGGUCUUAGAGCAUUAACUACACAUAAUUUGUAACCAUUUAAAAUAUCAAUAAGCUCUAAUAUUGUAAAUAGAUUGGAAACAAUGAAAUGUAUUUAAGACUCAAUGUAUAUCGUGUACAUAUGAUAAAGAUAUGGUUCUUAACAUAUCUUAACAGCAAAAUGAUCUAGGUGAGAACAGAAAUGACGGAUUAAAGGGAAGAGCACAAUUGGAUGGAUUCAGAAUAUUGUUGUAAUGAUAAAAUCUCUGUGUAUUGCCAGAGGGGACAAAAUAGAUACAGACUGGAUGCAUCCAACGGAUAUUUGGAAGAAAAGAGACAAGCACAUGAAUUGGUUGUGUACAUGCUGUCCAGAUUUAUAUCUCACUAAAUAUUGUCUGUGUUUUGAUUUGUUUCGCGUAUUUACAAUGAUGAAUGAAUAAAAGAAUGUAUUUUGUAUCAUUUGUUAA